AUGGUUCUAACACUUCCAGAUUCCCGGCUUUGUCUCCUUCUGCUGCUGGGGCUCUUAGGAAUGACGACCUUGGUCCAUGCCCCACCUCCUGGUAUAACCUGGGCUCGGUGGUUUGAAAUUCAGCACAUUAAUAUGAUCAGCAGACAAUGCACCAUCGCAAUGCGGGCGAUUAACCAAUAUAAUACUCCUCGUUCUCGAAGGAUAUGCAAAAACGAAAAUACUUUUCUCAAUACAACUACAUUAGCUGCUGUAACUAAUCUUUGUUAUACCCGAAAUAUAACCUGUUACAGGGGAGGCAAUAAUUGCUAUAGGAGCCCAGCUGCAGUGAAUCUUACCUACUGCAACCUCACAAGUCAAGGUCCAACUUACUUGCAGUGCCAAUACCAGCAAUAUUUCGUACUGAAGAACUACAGCAUAGCCUGUGACAGGACGCAUGUUCCGGUUCACUUCGACAGACUCUACUAA